GUUGGGGUUCAUAAUGCACAUUAUCUAAAGAUUGAGUGAAGAAUAUAUUUAUUGUUCCACUAGAGAUCACUCUGCCCCACAUAGAUCGCUAUUAUGUAAUUGUGCAGGCGUCCUCCAGCUCUUCAUAGCGUGUUAUGACCAGACAGCCCUGACAGCCCUGGAGCCUGCCUCGACUUAACAAUCGCCAACUCUCUCAUUCGACACUUUUCAAUUGCAAUAUGAUACGUUAUUUCCUUAGACACCGAAAUCAGGUGGUCCUCUCCUAUCAACGGGCCUCAUGAACGGAUCAGGAACUCUUAAUCGGAGCCGACUGACGCCGAAUCCUCCCGGAGCUCACGAUGACCCUUCCUAUAACGCCGCCUUGAAAGGCGCUUCUCUUGCUUUCCAGAAGUCCGCUCCGAAACCACCGCCCCCAACUACCCCUUCUCGAAAUGUCGGUAACGGAGCUCUCCUGGCAGCUACGUCUGCUGCGGCUUCACGAGACCAUUCCCGAGCAGUAAGCCGACAUACAACUGGUAGUAGUAUUCAGGGCGGUGUUAGCUUGAUACCUGAGCAAGGUACUACGAGCCAGACAUCGACACAACAUCUACAACCGCCUUCACCUCGCCGCGGCGUUCCUUCUCGUCCAGGACUCUCGAUUAAACCAGCGGCCCCAGAUCCUCGUUCUACAUCCUUCAUAGCCGCGACCCUUGCCGCUAGCAGAUCUGCAAGUCCGGUCCGCCAACAAAUAGCCCAAGAACCAAUUAGAAGACAACGGAAACACAGUGUCAGCGCCAACAAUAGUGCUGCGAGUUCAGUAAAGAGCCUUGACUUGGCAACGGAUACAACCUCGAUCCCACCUACAAAUGCUCUUAUAUCCAUGUUCGAGAAUAAAGGUGACGACGAUACCGAUCCUGUGAAGAAAGAGGCUACAAACUUGGAUAAUCGAAAGUCUCAUAGAGUAAAACCUAAACCUCGACCUAUGAGUCCUCCUAGGGUCAUGAGCCCUGCUGUUAAACACAAAACGUCGCCAUCGAGACCUAUCGCCCCCACAGCACUGGAGAGCACCGCAUCUAUUUCAACUCUAGCAAGCGAUGUAUCUCAAGAGAAACCUCGCCAACCCCAGAAUGCGGGCGUUGAAGCGAAGGGUCGUCCGCCUACUGCUCCGCCAACGAGGACGAAGAGUCAAAUACACGCAUCUACACAACCCACAGCUUUAGCAUCCAAAGGAAAGACCCGCGCUUCUACGCCACCUCCGAUAUCUAUUAGCAAGGCCGAUACGGUGAUUAUCUCUCCUCGACCAAGGCGAUCUGCUCCUCAAAAGAUUCUAUUAAACGAUAUCCGAACGCAAGAUGCCGUGCCUGAAGGACAAACAUCUCCGCCUAGGAAGCUCAAACCUAGGCCGCCACCACCUAAAAGGACCACUACGAGGUCUUCUCUUCCGGAAGAGACCCAUCGGGUAUCAAUUUCGUCAGAUGAUUCUUUCGUUUCUGCCUCGUCAGUGCCAUCACCUAACGCCGAUUCCCCACAGCGAGGCAGAUCUCGGCCAUCAAGCCCCGAUACAUUACGACCAAGGCGACCCGUAUCAGCCCUAACUAUAUCUACUACUACUUCCACUAGCCGCGCGCCCCCUCUCCCUCGGCGACAUCAGCAACAAACCCCUUCGAACCUACCCCUAGAAUCCCUCACAGACGCUAUCAUGGCAGGUUCUCUGGCAUCAUCUCGUGUAACGCCUUCCAAAACCCCGCCACCCAAACCGCCAUCGCGCAAGCAGACACCACACAUGCGCCAGACACUGCGACAGCCGCCUUCUAAGUCAGAUGACGAGGAGAACUACUCCAAAGCAAGAGCGCGCCGAAAGCCUCUAGGAAAAUUAGGUGGCGGCAACAAGCACUCGCACCACGAGGGCGCACGCAAGCGAUGGCGUGAGGAAAUCACUGCGCGCGAACGGAAGCGGUAUGAAGGCGUAUGGGCGAGUAACAGGGGUUUAUUACUUGUCCCCAACGACCCUUCUUCCACUCUAUCUCUCAACCCCAACUCCAAGACGAAGGAACUGGAGCAGAUGGUAGCCAACGUCGUAGUACGGGAUCUUUGGGCGCGCAGCAGGCUGCCGUUCGACGAAUUAGCAGAGGUGUGGGAUUUAGUAGAUAGACGCGGGCUCGGGUACCUGGAUAGAGAGGAAUUUGUUGUGGGCAUGUGGCUUAUUGAUCAAAGACUUCGUGGUCGGAAGAUUCCGAGGAAAGUUACGGAGAGCGUGUGGGGCAGCGCUAGGGGUGUGAGGGUUGCGGCGUUGAAGCAUCAUGGGAAGAAGUGAACUUGCUAGUUAGUAAUUGUUUAUUCGUUUGGUACCGUGAUAAGUUUGAGGCUACGGGGUAGGUGCGUGGGCAGGUAAGGAAGCGAGAAGAGCAGGUAAUGAUACCCCUUGUAGGCUUAGAAUAGAAUCGUUAGAUGGUAAUGCAUAGUUCAGACUUGCUUGGAUCAAGGGUGGCUUUUGGGUUGGUAUUUCUGGGGUUAUCUUAGUGUGUAUAUAUGUUGUGGGUAUAUAAGGGUAUCUGGUAUUUUGGCAAUAUGGAAGCAUAUUUCAGUGUGCCAAAAUCAUCCAUAUUACUUAAUAGCAAUGCAUGCCUCCA